AACACUGGUCGUUCACAAAGUUCUUCAUUCGAAAUAAAACAACAAAGCGGAGAAGUACCGUUUUUUGGCGAGCGCGAGUGUUUGAAUGUGUUUGUUUGCUUAGAAAUAGAAAUUAGAAAUUUGUAAGGACCAAGUGCAAAAAUCGAUGCUGUUCGAAUGUACAAAGCUUUGCUAAAGCGAAACUAAGGAAAAUUAGCAGAAGGAAAAUGCACAGCUGAUGGAGAAAAGUCCCAAGCACUUUCAGCCUAGUGUGUGUGGGAAAAAUCGAUCCGCAGACGGGAAAAACCGAGGAUAAAAUGCCAGCCUAAUAAACAGAGUUCCAAUUGUGAUACAAACGCAGUACAAAUUAGUUAACAACUAGCUUAAAUGGCCAACGAAAAGGUUUUAUAGCAAACUCUCUGACGCAAUAAUUGAAUAAGCGUAUAAGCUGCCAGCCAAUUUAUUCACUUAUUUUCGAGUGUAAUAGAAGCAGAAAUUCACAACUAAACAAGGUUCAUCUCAACAUUCCUGCGCAACACAAAAACAACAAAAUGGCUGUAAAAACGUACUAGGCCAGCCCUCACAAUGUCUGUCCCUGUACGCUACUCCUCUGCUGCCGCCGAAUACGCCGCCGAAGUUGAUUGUGAGUUGGAGAGCACUCUGCAACAGCAGCAACAGUUGCACUUGCAACAGCAAUACGAGCAAUACGAGCAAUACCAGCACUACCAGUACCAACGGGAGCAGGAUAUCGCCUACUAUUGCCAGUUGCAGGCGGCGCGGCAGCAGGAGCAGUUGAUGCAGCAGAGGACAUCGAUGUCGUCGUCGGUUAUGCCAGGCCUAGCCUUGCCCCAGGAUCACCAGGACCACCCAGCCGCCCUUUUGCACGGACCCCACAACAACAACAUCGGACUCACCAUGGACGCCCACAGCAUCAACGCCAUUCUGGUCGACGACGAGCAGCCCUCGACUUCGGCCCAGGCUGCCGCCGCUGCUGCCGCAUCCGCGGGUGGAUCUGCUGCUGGACCGGGAUCGGGAUCGGGAUUGGGUGGAGCCAUCGGUGGGGGCAAGCUGGCCAACGGCAUUAACCGCAAUGCAGAGAUGCCAACUGAUUGGAUGAGGAUUGCGGACGAGGGCCGGUAUGGGACACCGGGUGCUGCUGGCUUGGAGUAUCAGAAGUACGAACAACAACAACAACUCGAGGAUCUGGCGGAGGCCGAGGCAGGAGCCGUCGGCGGAGCCAGCAACAACAACGGCGAGUCGUCUUCGUCCCUUAAAAAGCUAGAGGAUCAGUUGCAUGCCCUCUCCUCGGACGAGUUGUACGAAACCCUCAAGGAGUACGACGUCCUGCAGGACAAGUUCCACACGGUGCUGCUGUUGCCCAAGGAAUCGAGGCGUGAGGUUACUGCCGGAGGACGAGAUGGAUCCGCUUACGUGCUGCGCUGCCUGAAGAUGUGGUACGAGCUGCCCUCCGACGUCCUGUUCUCGGCCAUGAGCCUGGUGGACCGCUUCCUGGAUCGCAUGGCCGUCAAGCCGAAGCACAUGGCCUGCAUGAGCGUGGCCUCGUUCCACUUGGCCAUUAAGCAGCUGGACUUGAAGCCCAUUCCCGCCGAGGAUUUGGUUACAAUAUCUCAGUGUGGUUGUACCGCUGGUGAUCUGGAACGCAUGGCCGGCGUGAUUGCCAACAAGCUGGGCGUCCAGAUGGGACAUGCACCGAUCACUUCUGUGAGCUACCUGCGCAUCUACUACGCCCUCUUCCGCAACUUGGCGAAGGAGAUCGGCGGCGACUUCUUCAAGUUCUACCAGCAGCUCAUCAAGCUGGAGGAACUGGAGAACCGCCUGGAGAUCCUGAUGUGCGACGUGAAGACCACGGUGAUUACGCCCUCGACGCUGGCGCUGGUGCUCAUCUGCCUGCACCUGGACUUCCACAUCAAGGAGUCGUACACCCGCGGCAGUCCGGAGCUGAAGCACGUCUUCGAGUACAUUCUCUUCCUGCAGCAGUACAUGAGGAUUCCUGAUCGCGUUUUCACCUGCGGCUUCAGCAUCGUUUCGGGUAUUCUGUCCCACUACAACGGGCAGAACAAGGCGCCCUACAAGCAGCGGCUUGUCUGGAAGCUGUCCAGUCGCACGCUGCGCGUCUUGCGCCCGAUCAACCGCUUCUCCUCCGACCUGCCCACCAUUGAGGAAGGCAUCUCCAAUGCCCUUGACGAUGGCCUCCGUUCUAGAACCGAGAGUAUUAGCUCCGAGGAGGAGGAGGACUGGCCCACUUCACCCAUAAUUCCAAUUUUCGAACAAUGUUAGUAUCCAGCGACAGCCAGCAGCAGUAGAGCAGCAGGGUCAACAGCUGGACAACUGGAGCAGCGGACAAAAGUACCAUCAACCAGACGCAGACGCGGGACACACCACACUUCUCUCACCUCACGCUUUCCUGGCGCCACCAAUCCCCAGGAGAUCGGACACUAGACAUAUCCCCAUCGGCAGCAAGGAGGAGCAGCAGGAGGAUGGAAGUCUGCGAAGAGGAUGUGUGCCCGCGAAUGCGUUCCGCGUGCAAGUGUAGUAGUGCUGGUUGAGGUAGAGUGUGUAUAUUUUGCUAAAGUGCAUCAUAAUUCUUUUGGCAUACACACGAAUGUGUAUUUGGUAGCGCUGGUUCUAACAUUUAAGAAACUAUUGAGAUAUGGAAAUGUGGGCGGCAAGGUGACGCAGCCACGCCCUUCCCCUUGAAAAGUUACCCGAGAGUAGCGCCCCCCACAUUUUUUCGAUUUAUUUGCGGCAGACAAAAAAAUACGUGAAAAAAAACAAAAGCAAAAAAAAAAUUAAAAAAAUUAAAACGAAUGCUGCGGACCAUCAUACAAAAGAUUGAUGCCGUUCCGGAUCAUUAUUCGAGAUCAGUGAGAGAGAGAAUACGAUUUGAGAAUUGCGAACCCACGCCGAUAUCCCGAACAUCUGGAAUGGGACAGCAGUUUUUUGUUGGUUGCGCUUGAAACCGUCAAAAAAAAUUCAAAAACCAUAAAGAAAAAAACUCCCACAAAAAGAAAAUCCUUUCUACAGACCCCUAAAUAAGUUGUCACUCUAUGUUCUCUAUGUUUGUCCCCGCUCUUAUCAGUAAAUGUAAAAGCCCCGAAUCUAUGGACCCAAAAAACCUUAAAAACACCAACAAAAAUCAUAAAAUCUAAAAAAAAGUACAAAAGUUCUUUAUGUAUAGACCGACCUAAAAGAUAAGCUAACAACAAACAAACAAAAACAAAAAAACAACACAAAAACAAGGUCAGAUCAGAUUAUUCAGUAAUUUUAGCCGCGCUCAAACAAUAUGAGAAAGCCCAUAGAAAAACUAAAGUUUAAUUCGCCGCCUGUAUUGACUAAGAACUCUUAACAAUAAUAUAACAUUAAACAAAGGUACGAUGAAGCCACAAUAUGUAGUGUGUGUCUAGUAGAUUUUUCUCUGUAUAACAAAAUCGAAAACCAAACAAAAACGAACUCAAUUUCCGCCCUAGAAAAUCAAACGAAAGCAUGACAAAUGCAAUCUUUCAUUAUCAUACGCAGCUAAGUAAAUUUGUUAUUUCUACACAAUUGUUUAUCUAUGACUCGAACAAUCAAUCAUUCAAUCAACUGCAAGGCAUUGAAAUUUAGUUCGAGUACCACGGUGAUCCUCUUUUUUAUAUUAUACCUUCAAUUAUAAUGCACAUGCUAAAUCUUCUUUUUUGUUACCUAAUAUUAUUUAACUUAUUAAACAAAAUGUAAACUGAAAUCCAUUCUUAUGUUCUACCAUACGAAACUACCCAUUAAACCCUAGUUUAAAGCAAACCAGCGUUGAGACAAAGCCAAAAUUCAAUUCAAAUUGAAGCGCGGCAAAUUAGAAAUCAGAAAUUAUGAUGCAACAUUUAGCAAGAUGUACCGAGAGAGAGAGAAAGAGAGAGGGUCGAGCGAAGAGUUUUAGAGAACAUAGGCAAAACUAACGCAGAGCAUAAACACAAUUGAAAUUUCGCGAAUUCAGAACACUUUCUUUUUAAUCCACUUGGCAGCGGAAUGUGCAAACUCCUGUCUGUAAAUUUGAAUAAAAUGCGUUUGCCCCCGCCACAGGGGCAUUCAGAUUUCAUGAAUAUUUACAACAAA